AUGGCUUCCUUGCUCAGCGACCCCAAACCCAGAACCGACCACCUGCUGCCCUCCUCGCGCACCGUCGCAGCAGGCCCCACCGCGGGGAUCGUUCAGCAUCGGAAGUGCCUGGAGACGAUGUCCUGCAGAACAACCCUCUUAGGGUGCUGCAUAAAAGAAAUCACCCAAGCAGAUGUCCCUGGUAAGGAGGAAUGCCCACCAGCAGACCCAGUGUACCCCAGUACACAGCUAGCUACCAAAAAAGCUAAAGGUAAAGGGCAGACUCAAGCCAGAGUGAAUAUCAGUGCUGCCCUAGUUGAGGAUAUUAUCAAUUUGGAGGAAACCAAUGAAGACAUGCAGGCAGUGAUAGAAGCUCUGAAAGAAGAUUUCAGCAGAAAUCUCAGUGUUAGAACCUCACCAGGGGCCCUUGAUCACAUAAUCUUGAUGACAAAAGACGGGAAGUUUCCGCUGAACCAGCUGGGACAGAUCUCACAGAAGUCACCGCAGCUCCUUAUAGUGAACAUGACCAGUUUUCCAGAGAGCACAGCUGCAGCUACGAAGGCCAUAAGGGAGAGUGGCAUGAACCUGAACCCUGAAGUGGACGGGACGAUAAUUCGGGUGCCGAUUCCCAAGGUGACGAGAGAGCACAGGGAGAACCUGGCCAAGCUUGCCAAGCAGUCCACCAACAAGUCCAAAGAGGCCCUGAGAAAGGUGCGAAGCAAAAGUGUCAACCAGAUCAAGAAGUUCAAGAACAAAGUGUCUGAAGAUACCCUCUGGCUGCUAGAAAAGCAGAUCCAGCAAAUGGCAGACGACGCCACAGCGGAGAUGGACAAGCUGCUGGCAGCGAAGACCAAGGAGCUGCUUGGAUAAGCCCCAUCCCGAUGGCCA